AUGACCUCAUAUCUGUGCCAUGGUCAACUGUGUGCACAUCGACACCUUGUCACUGGACCUCAAACCCAUUAUGAUGCGGAUGGGCGGCCCAGCUCAGAUGUUGUCUCUAUUCGCCUGCAUGUCCACCCGACACGCUUGAUAGGCAAACGAGGCCGUCUCGAUGGGACUCGCAAUACUGCAAACAACGUGUAUUGUCUCAAACAUGCAAGGUAG